AUGUGGCCCGCACAUUCCAUUUACUUUUCCAAAGAGUCGUGUAAAUGAUAAAUUUCUUCUUAUCUUAGAAAACGGUUAAUAGACACCUUUGACUAAUCAAACACAGUUCAUCGAAAUAUCACUCUCAUAACACAAACAUUUGACAAUAUUUUAGGAUCGAAAACGAAAAAUUACAGUCACACCUCUCUUCCCUUCCAACUACCUUGUUCCUCUCAAUCCAACCAUGCACGUAGUCUUGUUAUGUCCCGAAAUACAUUUGUCCUCAUCUGAGCAACGGCGGGAACAGCAAGACCAGGAUUCUAUUGAUCGGAGGCGCUGGUUAAAUCGGAAAGUUCAUCGGACAAAUUCAAAGGCCUCGAUGAUGUUAAGAAACUUGAGCAAUGGCAGGGAAUAGCAGCAAGAGCAAGAUUCUGUUCAUCGGAGGCACUGGUUACACCGGAAAAUUCCUGGUGGAGGCGAGUGCCAGAGCUGGCCACCCAACCUUCCUUUUGGUGAGGGAGUCCACUCUCUCCAACCCUGCAAAAUCUUCCCUCAUUCACAACUUCCAAAGCCUUGGUGUCAACAUUGUUUUCGGAGAUUUAUACGAUUACCAAAGUUUGUUGAAUGCGAUAAAGCAGGUAGAUGUGGUCUUUUCUACAGUACCACGCUCGCAUCUAGCUGAGCAAGAUAACAUCAUUUCUGCAAUAAAAGAAGCAGGAAAUGUUAAGAAAUUCUAUCCAUCUGAGUUUGGACAUGAUGUGGAUCGAAAUCAUGCAGUCGAACCGGCGACUAUUGCAUAUGCAAAGAAGGCCAAAAUUCGUCGAACUAUUGAGGCUGAAGGAAUUCCUUACACUUAUGUGUCAUGUAACUUCUUUGAUGGUCACUUCCUAUCAACCUUGUCGCAACCUGGAGCUACAACUCCUCCUAGAGACAAAAUUAUUAUCCUAGGAAAUGGAAAUCCCAAAGCUGUUUUCAAUAAGGAAGAGGAUGUUGCUACUUACACAAUCAAUUCAGUGGAUGAUCCAAGAACUUUGAACAAAAUUCUGUACAUUAGACCUCCCAACAACACGUUGUCGUUUAAUGAACUUGUUACCCUUUGGGAGAAGAAGAUUAGUAAAACUCUUGAAAGAAUCUACGUUCCAGAAGAACAAGUACUAAAGCAGAUCCAAGAGUCUUCACCACCCUUGAAUAUUUUAUUGGCAUUUAAACACGCUGCUUACGUAAAAGGUGACCAUGCUAACUUUGAAAUUGAGUCUUCUUUUGGAGUGGAAGCUUCAGCUUUAUAUCCUGAUGUGAAAUACACCACAGUGGAUGACUAUCUUAAUAACCUUGUGUGAGAUAUGCAAGUAAGCUUUGUUGAUAUUAUAUUCUUGGUGAAACUUUGUGGCCUAUUCAAAGAUAAUGAUAUAAUAUCAAUUUGUUGCUAUCUAUGUCAUCGAAAAUGAAUGAUGUACCAAGAAUCAUGUGUUGUGUUAUAUUGUUGCAAUUUUAUUAUACUUGUAGUGAUCUCUUAUCGGAAUUUGUCUGAUUGAUCGAGAUGGAAGGAACUUGUUGUCUACGUAUAUCUGAACUCUUGAUUGCUUGAUAGUUUGAUAUUUGAUCACUAAAACAACCAUAAACUAAGUUAUAAGCAUUGUUUAUUUUGGAAACCUAUAAAAUUAUUUA